AUGGAACUUUGGUUCUCUAAGACGUCACUCCUUGGAGUUGUGCUCACCAGCGCUUUCACAUCCGCUCUCGUCAUUCCUAGAGGCCAUCAUGAUUCAGUCCCUGCGUCAGAUGCCUACAAAGGUGGUGACCAAAACUACUACCCUUCAGAGAGCCAUGGUACUGGAUAUUUUUAUCCGAUAACCAUGGCCAGUUCAUCUGUUAUAGGUCUCGAGACUUCGAAUACGCCGUGUGCCACUUCUUCGACUGCAACAGUGACAGUCGCUGGCUCGAGCAUCGCGUCACUCGCCUUGCAAACCGGGCAUCAUCCUAUAAGCGAUGGCUAUCCUACAAACCCUUUGCCGAGCCCGAUCGUGUUGGGCAGUACCAUGAUUCGCCCCACUGAACCGACCGUACCACCUUCAGAGAUCCCGGCUAUAUCAGGGUAUUCUUCUACAACACCUAUUACAAGCAUCAUUGUAUCCCAUGUUGGGGGACAUGGCCCUGCCGUUUCAAGCACUUUCAGUAUGACUGUCGUCUCGUUCAUUGCUCUUCCCGAUCUUCGUGACAAGCUUCCUUUGUAUAUGGAUGACUGA